CCAAGGUACCGAACUUGAUCCGCAUUCACUAGGAAGUGCGGAUGGAGGGAGGGGAUAUUUGUGCCCUUCUUUCAGCCGAGUUGGUCCAUGUUAGACUAAGGUUUAUUUUCUCUGUUUUAAGCUGUAUGGAAGCUUUAAUAUUCUCCUCGUCAUAAAGGACGCCGUGUUUGUGCAGCUCAGUCAUGCCCCGGAGAAAGAGAACGGCAGGCAGCAGCUCGGAAGGAACGGAGGACUCUGAUUUCUCCACCGACCACGAACACGUGGAAGCCGCAGAGAGAGCGCGCAGACGCAGCAGCACUCGUCUGACUCGUGCAUCGCUGCGCCUCAGCCAGAGCUCACAAGAGAACAGCAGAUUGAUACGCAGCGGCUCACCGGCUGCUGCGGCUCACGAUGAAGGCCCAGAUUCAGCAGCAGAAUCGGCUGCAGCUCCGGUGGCUGCUUCAGUCUUCUCCUCUGGACGCAGGAUCACACGCAGCCAGCAGGGGGCAGCAAACCCCAAAGGCAAAAAGUACCCUUUGCGUCAGAGCAGGUCAUCUGGCUCAGACACAGAGGCCAAUGCAGAUGCAAAACAAAGAGCAGACCGGGAUGAGACGCCACCUCGGACCCCGACAGGCAACGCCCCGUCCUCAGAGUCCGAUAUCGACGUCUCCAGCCCGAGCAACGAGCACGUGUCUUCCAGCAACAAUAUAGUAGUUUCCCAAGAGGAGGACGAGAGGCUGGCCAAAGAGCUGUCGAUGAAAGAGGCCGCGGCCCACGACCUCUCCCACCGCCCUAAACGACGACGGUUCCAUGAAAGCUACAAUUUUAACAUGAAGUGUCCCACACCAGGAUGCAACUCGCUGGGUCAUCUAACAGGAAGACAUGAGAGACAUUUCUCCAUAUCAGGCUGCCCGCUCUACCACAACCUCUCUGCUGAUGAAUGCAAGGGCAAAGCGACGACACGAGACAAGCAGGCCGAGGAAAGGGCGCUGUCGCACCUGCAGGACGAGAACAGACACUCCACACGUAGCCAGGCCCCCACAGAGGGACAGCUGCGCUACAAAGACAAGGUGACAGAGCUGAGGAGGAAGAGGAACUCUGGCCUCAACAAGGAGCAGAAGGAAAAAUAUACAGAACACCGGCAGAGCCACGGGACGAGCCGGGAGCCGCUGCUGGAGAACAUCACCAGCGACUACGACCUGGAGCUGUUCAGGAAAGCGCAGGCACGUGCUUCGGAGGAUCUUGAGAAGCUCCGUCUGGCCGGCCAGGUGUCGGAGGGCAGCAACAUGAUCAAGACUAUAGUUUUUGGCCGUUUUGAGCUGGACACCUGGUACCACUCGCCCUACCCAGAGGAGUACGCCCGCCUGGGGCGCCUCUACAUGUGCGAGUUCUGCCUCAAGUACAUGAAGAGCGAGACCAUUCUGCGCAGGCACAUGGCCAAAUGUGUGUGGAAGCAUCCACCAGGUGAUGAGAUCUACAGGAAGGGGAACAUCUCUGUCUUUGAGGUGGACGGAAAGAAGAACAAGAUUUACUGUCAGAACUUGUGUCUGCUAGCAAAACUAUUCCUGGACCACAAAACACUGUAUUACGACGUGGAGCCCUUCCUCUUCUACGUCAUGACAGAAGCCGACAACACAGGAUGCCACCUAGUGGGUUACUUCUCUAAGGAGAAGAACUCCUUCUUGAACUAUAAUGUUUCCUGCAUCCUCACAAUGCCACAGUACAUGAGGCAAGGCUACGGAAAGAUGCUCAUUGACUUCAGCUACCUGUUAUCCAAGGUGGAGGAGAAGGUGGGCUCGCCUGAGCGCCCGCUGUCCGACCUUGGCCUCAUUAGCUACAGAAGUUACUGGAAAGACGUUCUGCUGCGUUACCUGAAUAAUUUUCAGGGAAAGGAGAUCUCUAUCAAAGAGAUCAGCCAAGAGACGGCCGUGAACCCAGUGGAUAUCGUCAGCACACUGCAGUCCCUUCAGAUGCUCAAAUACUGGAAAGGAAAGCACCUGGUUUUAAAGAGACAGGAUCUUAUUGACGACUGGAAGGCAAAGGAGACCAAACGGGGAAAUGGAAGAACCAUCGACCCCGCAGCCUUAAAAUGGACCCCACCCAAAGGGACGUAAAGGAGCUUCCUUCUCUCUCCGCAUAGAAAUGGAUCCUCCUUCGUACACUGGCAUGCUAACUGACCCUCAGUCUAAAUCCUCACAGCUGCACCUGAAUCAAAUCCUAAUCCAGUCUAACUAUUUUUCUGGGUUCAAACGGUUUCCAGGUUGAUUUACGUCAAAAUAAAUAUGCCACCAUCUAAAUUUAAUAUUAUUAUAGGAUUGCCCUCUAUUAUAUGAUACCAAUAUAAGCUAACUGGCAUAAAAAAGAAUCUGAUUGGACUAGGCUGUUAAAUUUAGGGCUUAUUCAAUAAUUAAUAUACGCAAAAACAAUCUUUAGCUUCCAAGCUUUUAAAACAGGGUUUGUAAAGUUUCACUCUUUUGCUUGUUCUAUAUAAACCACACGUUAAACGUUGGGAGAAGAGUUCAGAGUUUGGGAUUUUCCCUUUGUUAUUUGAGUUCACUGUCGUUUCAGAGCUUAGAAAAGCAUUCGUGCCCGCUAACUUUGACCUAUUUGACACUAUCAGAAGAGACGUCAGUCAGAUCUCCUUCGCCUAAAGGCUUUUGCAGCUUCUAACAGGUUCUCCUCAAUGCCUGCCUUGUCUUUAUCUCUGCCCUUCUUUUCCUUCACUCUCACCAGCUUUCCAGUCCGUUGAAGGAAAUAAUACCCACAGCAUCUCAUCAUUUAUUGUACGUUUAAUGAAAUUUGAAAAUAUAUUAGAGUAUUGAUAAUUUUUACAGUGUUUGCAUGUUGGCUGGGUGAAUCACCAGUUGAAGGACCUGCAGUGAAGCGUUAGCCCGGUCUUAGCUCUCGUUGACCCCAUUCGUUUUCUGAAAAGUGAAAAUAAUGGAGCGCCGCUCGUCCACUUUUCCGCCACUCACUUCAUUAGUAAUGGCAGGCACACCUGCUAAUCCAAUCAGUGACGGGCAGCAUUGAGCUGCAUUUCCCUCAUGCUCUGUUGACCAGAUGUAACACCAGUCAGCAAGACGUUGACCUAUGAACACAUGUCCUGUCUGAUGCAAACCAGCUGGCCUGGAUGUGAAUUAGAAGGACACACCCUUAAAAUGUUCAUUUUGUUAAAUAAGUCCCACAUUGAAAAUGUGGACUUGUCUGGAACUAAAUAAUUUAUUACUUAUCUUAUAAAUAUUGAAAGAAAGUUCAAGAUUUGAAAUAAAUAAAUCCCUUUAUAUAUUGAAGAAAAAAUGGGAGUAAACAUUCCCUACCUUUCACUUAAUUUUAGUAGUUGAUUGUUAUAACUUAACAUCCUGCUGAGAUGGAAGAAAUAACUUUAACAUGGCUGUUUGAACCCUUUGGCUUUUCUCCCCACUUCCAAAGCUGUUUGGUGUUUUCUGUUUAAUUUGAUGUCUCUGCAGUCAGUUUGCCAGGAAGCUCUCGCUUCACAGGCAGUGUUUAAAUUUCUCUGCUGUAAGUUAAGGAAUUUACCUGGAUGUGAUCUGAUCACCUUUUGCCUGUUUUUGUUUGUUUUGCAUCACUUUUGAUGAUUGAAGUGUAGACAACUACACACAUGUUCUGCAUUCUUUACUUUUAAAGUUCUCAGUUCAGAUUUAUACUUUUUCUACCUCUGAGGUUUUACUACUGUCUAACAGUUUAACAGUUAUUGUAUUGUUUUCUUUUUACUCAGUGUUGACUUGGAAAUUUGUAGUUGUUUACCCAGCUGAUGUUUUCCUCCUUAUAUUGGUUUAAUCUCAUUUUUAUUCAAAUUUUUUUUUCUUGUGUGGUAUUUAUAUUCAUUGAAAAAAAGUAUGUUAACAGUGUAUAGCAUAAAGGGAUGUUUAUUUUGCUGGACUGGCUUCCUUGUAAAUAUAUUUAUGUAAGACCUCUACAUAGAUCUGAAUGUGUUUCAAAUAAGGAGAAUUGUCGGUCAUCCAAGCCACCGAGUAGUGACGGAAAUCUUUUGCAUUUCAGAGGCUCAAAACAUGUUAUUUUUCCACCUUAUAAAGCUAGUUUAAUGAAAUUAGAUGGAUUUUUAUUUUAAAUGACAUAAUUGGCCCACUGACUGUUCAAAAAAAAAAAUAUUUUGGUGCAAUUUGAUCAAAUUGAGUGAUUGUUUAGCUUAGCUCUCAUGCUAGCUACCCCCUUGCUAGCAGGCUAAGCUUUCCUUCCUUAGCUUCUUACUGGGAAAACCACUGGUUGUUCAUCACAGCUAACCAACUGCUAGCUUAGCUGACAGCUAUCUUAGCAUAAUUUAGCUUUGUGUUUAGCUAAGCUCUGUAUUUAGCUUUGUACUUUGGCUAAUAAUAGGUGACUACUACUUUAGCUCUCAGUUUGCUAAGAAAACCAAUAACUUCCUACACAAAGACAAGUGUCUUGUCCCAAAACUUUUUUUUUUUUCUCCAUGUUUUCAUGAAGCCAUUUUAUUUUUUUAUUUUUCUGGACUUUUAAUGUCACUGCAGAAAUGUUUUCGCUGCCAGACUGUAGUUUUGUUAUACAUUUUUCAAGUGUGGUGUGUUUGUUCUCUAAAAUAUGUCAAGUUGAA